UUUGUCAAGGUUCUAUAGCGUAUGUUACGCCAUAAGGUUCACGCCCAGCGACAAGAAAGUGAAUGAAUGCCGGUAUCUUCUUUUACUGUGACUAAUUCAUCACGCAAACCCAAUCACCGUGGCGUGAUAAGCAAUGGUUAGGAGCAAAAUUGACCAAUUUUAACCGUUUGUCGCGAAAAGAAAAAUAAAGCGUAUGAUUUUUUGUUUAAUCGCGAUCAUUGGCGUAAAAUGGCCGGAAUUUCAACCGUUAGCCGUAAAAGCCAUCACACCGCUGAGACCCUCCAUUAAGUAUUCAUUUUUUUUUUUUUUUUCAGUUUCAAUAACAAACCGAUGACGUUGCCGUUUGUAAUAUUGUCAGCUGUCGCCUUCACUUCCAUAGCUUGAUACGCGUCGGUAAGUAAAUAAAGGAAAAUUCGGUCUGGGUGAUUCUAAUCGAAAAUCGAGACUGUAUAGCCCUGACAAUGUCGCUAGAGUGCUCCUCUGAGAAUGUCCAAGAAUUUAUUGAAGUUGCUAAUCAUCGUCAAAGCAAAGAGGAGCAAUGGAGUUUGUUACAUCGGUUUAGAUAUUGAGCAGGGUAAAUUUAUUAGGCCUGCGUUACGGAAAAGUACUUCCACUUGGCUUCCUAAAGACCCCGAACUUCAGAUCGGAGAGGAACACCUUUUCGAAAAAAGCCGCGAUCCUCUACAAAUCUCACAUCCUCAUCAGCAGGAUAAUGUAUUUGUAAGUUACCUUCAGGCGGCAGGAGACUUUCAUGUCGGAAUGCUGUUCGACAUUCUCGUCGACUUUAGUCAUCAGACUGUUAAAGAUGUGUUUGGCAACAUGGAGGAUUUUAACGGCGAGUACUUUCACGAACAUACUCGUUGCCCGUCUGUUGGUAUUUAUAGAUGCAAAAGAAAAAACUUGAAUACACUGUAUAACACCGAUCAAAGCCAACAAAGAUGCGAAAUAAUCGAAGACGGACGUCAAAAGCCAUUUAGUUUCCGGAUCACUGCGAUCAACGACGAGCUUCCGGCUGUUGCUGAUGAAGAAGAUGUGUUGGUGAUACUUGGUCUAGCGAAACCCUAUCGUGGUUCCUCCUGUCAGUACACAAGAUGGCGAUGUUAUAUCUUAGUAAUCGGGUUUGUAGCUCGCUAGCUGCACAUAUCAUAUAUUCAACAACAAAUUCAAUCAGAGAGUCGAUACGGUUGUCAGCUGAGGCAGACGGAUUCACCAGCAUUUUUUAUGACACUGAAUUUGAUGCAAAGGUUUGUCUUCCGAUCGGGAAAAAUAGAGAACUUAAACGAAUUACUUCCGUAAAAAACAAAUCGAGCAAGCAUUGAAGAGAAUAUUCAGUAAAUGAACAAAUUGAAAUAUGAUGAAAUAGAAUGUUCAUGACACGUGAUCUCAUUGAUGUAUAAACUGCAAACAGGGUACCCUCAAAUGAGACUAAUUUUGAAACAAAUGUGUCUAAGUUAUGAAAGAGAAUAGAGAAAGCUUGAAAUCUGAAUACACAAGCGAAAUUAAAUUGACCUCUGUUCAACAGAAAA